GCCAGCCUCAGCAAAGGUGAGGCACUAAGCAACUUAGUGAGACCCUGUCUCUAAAUAAGAUUCAAAACAGGGCUGGGGGUGUGGCUCAGUGGUGGAAUGCCCUGAGUUCAAUCCCUGGUAUCAAAAAAAAGAAAGAAAGAAAGAAAGAGAAGAAAACAAUAAAAGAUCUGGGGGUGUAGCUCAGGGGUGGAGCACCCCUGGAUUCAAUCUCCAGUAAUACACUCACACAGACAUACAUUCACACACGCACAAAGGGAAAGAGGGAACCAACCGGAAACAAUUGAAGGAAGCAGCAAUAUUUAGCCCCAGGAAGGCAACUCCCAGGUGGACAGAUAGGCUGCCUUCAAAUACCUAAAGGUUGUCACAAGGAACCAGUGUUGGAUUUCAUCUCAGUGGUUCCAGAGCCAGACUUAGGAUAAAAGGACAAAGUUAAAGUGAGUACAUUUUGGGUAGGAAGAGGGAAGGGUUCUCUAACAGAGCUGCCUGGCUAUCUUGAGAAGGAGGGAGCUCCCAGUUGCAGGAGAUAUGCAACUGCCAAUCAGAUGAACCCCGAGGAGCCUGUUGCAUCAGGACCUGAAUGAGAUGACUCUUAAGCUCUCUUCCAGUCUUAAGACUCUGUGGAUCUUACUGUCUCCCUAACAAAAAGAUGGUAUGGGACAGAUAGUCCACAUGGGUGGAUAAUCUCCAAGGAAGACAGGAUUCUGCAGUUAGGGCUGGGGUGGAAGAGGUGGUCCGCAGCCUGGCGCCCUGAGACUCUGCCCUCUCCCCUCUCUAGCCAUCGACAUCAACUCCUCAGACAUCAAGGCUCUGUAUCGGCGAUGCCAGGCACUAGAGCACCUGGGAAAGUUGGACCAGGCCUUCAAGGAUGUGCAGCGCUGUGCCACCCUUGAGCCACGAAACCAGAACUUCCAGGAGACGCUGAGGAGGCUCAACACCAGCAUCCAGGAGAAGCUCCGCGUUCAAUUCUCCACAGACUCCAGGAUACAGAACAUGUUUGAGAUCCUCUUGGACCAAAACAGUGAUGCUGAUAAGCUGGAAAAGGCUGCCAACAACCUCAUUGUGCUGGGCAGGGAGGACGCAGGGGCUGAGGGGAUCUUCCAGAACAAUGGAGUGGCCCUGCUGCUGCAGCUCCUGGACACUAAGAGGCCUGAGCUGGUGCUGGCUGCAGUGCGGACUCUGUCAGGCAUGUGCAGUGGCCACCGAGCGAGGGCCACGGCGAUUCUGCAUGCAGUUGGCAUAGACCGGAUCUGUGGCCUCAUGUCUGUGGAGAACGAGGAGAUGGCUCUGGCCGUCUGCAACCUGCUGCAGCCCAUCAUUGACUCCCUGUCUGGGGAGGACAAGUGGGAGCAUCGAGGGAAGGAAGAGGCCCUGGUUCUAGUGUCCCUGGAUCUCUGCCAGUCGUUGCCAGGAAGUGAAGAACGAUAAGAGUCCUUGCUUCCCCGAAUGCUGAAGUACAACACCAGAGAAGCACGCCCAGGCGAACGCGGAGUGGAGAGUGGAAGGCUUUAUUAAAGGAUAGCAGAAAAGACUUCCCCCAGGAGGAAGAAGGGGACCCAAAAGGUGAAAUCCGUGCAAAGGGGAGGUCUUCUCCCUUUUAUAUCUAAGGUCUUCCCUUGUCUUCCCACAUUCCGGUCCUUUGUGUCCCUCUAUCCUGCUUGUGGUGGGGGAUGCAGGUGGGAAGGCCCAAAGGUGACAAAGAGGUGGCCUGAUGGGGCGGGGAGAAGAGAUCUGGGCAGCAAGGGCCUAGGGUGGUUUGAUUAGCAUCUCUUAACUGCUUCAUUAACAGUUCUUUAGGACAGACUUGGGCCUUGAGGACUUUAACGUUUCAAUUUCCCAGUGGUAGUUCUGAUUUUCCCAGGCUCGGAUCAGACCCUAUUUUCUUUAUUAGACCGAUUUACCUAACUACACUAACUACCUAUCGUUAAAUCUGGCUUCACUCUCCCCUCUAUCCCCUCUGUUCCAACUGAUACCCCCAGUUACCAGCGACAAGUCCUGCUUCUUCACAUGUUGGAGUGUAGCACUGGAGAAACACACCAAGGCAAGCAUAUAAAGCAGGGUUUGUUUAAAAAGAGGUAACAUAGACUUCUCCCAGGAGGGAGAAGGGGGCCAUAGCUGGUAUCCUGGUAUCUCAAGCAGCAAGGGGGGUUUGCCUUUUUAAUAUGUCCUAGGCUUCCCUAUUUCUCUCCUUCCUGUGUCGGUGACUAGGCCCAGGAGAUGCCCAGGUGGGUUGGCCAAAAGGAGAGAGAAGCAGAUGGGGUGCAGGGGCCAAGUGGGAGUGAUCUGGGCGGGAAAGGGGCGUAAUUAACACCCCCCUUGUGGGGAGGGACUAUCCCUGAGACAGGUUACCUUAGCAACAGUUUGGAGCAGGGGCAGGUUAUCUUCAAGAGGGUGGAAGAAUUUCAAUUCCCCCAUUCUCUGGCUCCACCCUUACCUCUCUGCCCGGCUAAUUCUGGCUUCACAACCUCACUAACCUCCUUGCUCUUUCUGGACUUUGCCAGGCGCACUAUUUUAUUUCAGACACCUAGCACAGUGCCUGGUACACAGUAAAUUUUGUCCCUUGCAUGACUCUCCUACUGAAGCCAGAUUUACCGAAAGGUAGUUAAUGUAGUUAGGUAAAUCGGGCCUAAUAUUGAGUAAGAUUAAAAAAAUGGAGACCAUUAUCGAAUGGAGUCGGAGAAACCAGAGCAGCAUUUCAUUAACAUUAAAUUGAAAUGUUAAUGUCCCCAAGGCCCUGAAACCGUCCUAAGGAACUGUUCAAGAAGCAGCUCCCAGCAAACAGGGAGGUGCUAAUCAAAAACCGCCCCAGGCCCUUCCUGCCUAUAUUACUCCUUCAGCCCACCUAUCUCCCACAUUUUGGCCUUCCCACCUGCAUUCCAUCACUGCAAGAUAAAGGGAAACAAAGGACAGGAAUGUGGGAAAACUAAAAGAAGAAUUUAGCUAUAAAAGAGGGAAGACCUCCCCCUUCCACAGAUUCCGACUUUCAGGUCCCCUGGUCACUGGUAAACAAUGGUAAACAGCGAUAACAUUACCCUGAACAGAUUCUUACUGUGUGCCCAGUGCUGUGCUAAGUGCCAAGUGGAUCUAUAAUCCCCAUCAUCUAGCAGUGCUGUGAGGGGAACACCAAUAUAUAGGUCAGGUACUAGAGAUUUAGUCUAAAUACCUAGUUCAAGGUCAUAUAGUGGGAAGUCUUAGAGGUGCACUUGAACCCAUCUAACCUGUCUUCAGAGCCUGUGUGCUUCACCCCUUUGCUGCAGUGCACUGAAGCCUUGGUCAGGAUCCCCCAGCUCCAGGAGGCCUUCCUGACCCCAGCCCAGGCAGCCCAGGACCACCCCACACCACUGACAAUCACAGAACUUUCUUGCUAUGAUGACAGUCUGUUUGUGUGACUGGCUUCCCUUUAGACUGUGAGUUCUGCCUUAUUCAUGUUUGUUUGUUUUUUACCCCUCAGCCUGGCACACAAUAGGCGCAGAGGAUAUUGGUGCAGGAAGGUGGAGCUGCUUGUAUCUUCCAGGCCCCAUGGAUUGAUAUAGUGUCUGUGCAAGAGCCCCAUGACCAAUCAGCCGAGUCUGUCUGUUGCAGGGAGUAGGUAUUUGUCCACCUUCAUCCAAGCACAGAGUAGAAACUCAGCAACUUUUUGUUGACUGGAAGGAUACAAUUACUUCUUUAAGGAAUUGACAUGAAUGCUUUGGGCCACUCAGGGAAAGGCUUUUUUUUUAAUGUAUCAAAGGGAGGCAUUUGGAAGAGAAGCAUUUUGCUACGGGGCUCAUGGAAGAGCUUGUUAUGAUAUAUUGCUUUCUGAUUUAUUGAACAGAAAUCUGUGCAAAACUACAUUGAAAGAAUGUGCUUUUGCCUUCAGUAACUGAGGGUGCAAUAACACCUACAGGUUUUAGUGCAGCAAUGCCCAUAUGGGUACAGACAGCUACAUAGGAUCCUGGGAUAAGUCAAGGAUAUUCCUGGGAUACUGGUAUUUUAUUACCUCUCAGACAUAAAUGUAACUUCUUAUAAUUUAAAAAGAAGGUCAUCUACACUGAGAGAUGAAAUGAAUAAAGAUCCCAGUUAACUGUGGGUUCUAAUAGAAUAGAUUGCAGUUGAUUGUUUUUUAAAAAACAAUAUCUUAAAUUGUUGUUAAUAGAUGCUUAUUUUAUUUGUUUUUUUUUUCAAUUAUUAUUAUUUUUUUUUUUAGAGAGAGAGAGAGAAUUUUAAUAUUUAUUUUUAGUUUUCGUCGGACACAACAUCUUUGUAUGUGGUGCUGAGGAUCGAACCCGGGCCGCAUGCAUGCCAGGCGAGCGAGCUACCGCUUGAGCCACAUCCCCAGCCCUUAUUUGUUUACUUAUAUGCAGUUGCUGAGAAUUGAACCUGAGAAACUGAUGUGACUCCAUUUUUGAGAAACCAGCCUUUACCUCACAGCAAAGCCUGCCAAGGAAGGGGCGUGACCCUUGACCUUGGAAAAACCCACAGAGCCUUCUUAGGCACAUACCCACUCUGCUGAGUUGUUUGUCUGUAAAUAACAGGAGAGAUCUGAGGCGCCAGAUGUCGCUGACUCAGUUAGGCUAGGUGAGGACCCAUAGCAACCCCCUAACAACCACCAAUCAGCAUGAGACAGGGAAAAUACCUGGGAUGUCAGAUGACCCCCAGUAGACUUGGUCGUUGAUAACAUGCUAGGAAACCAUGUAGUUUAACACGUACACCCUUCACGGAUUAAACCAAUCAGUUCAAAAUGAAUACCCCUCUUGUACUAACCCAUCACCCCUACCCAACUUGUUCCCAAUAGUGAAUGUGCUAAUCAAUGUUAAGAGUUGUUGUUUGAUUUUCCCACAGUGUGAAAUGAUUUGCUGUGUGAUGUUGUGACACAUAGAAUAUCCCCCCAAAUCUAUAAAAUCUCACUGAACAAAGGACUGGGACUCACUCCCUGGGACCACUGCGUUGGUAACGGUUGUGAGUCCAGGCUCGAGCUUGCAAUAAAGACUCUUGUGUGAUUGCAUCGGAUUCGGCUCCUGGAGGUCUAUUGGGGUCCCACGAAUUUGGCAUUACAAACCCAGUUCCUCACACAUGCUAGGAAAGCACUUUACCACUGAGCUACAACCCCAGUUGCUGACUUUUGCAAAUAGUAGCUAUAAGAACACUUCUUGCCCAAGACGCUUGUUCACUCAAAGUAUAAGCCAGAAACAGUUCUAUCUGUUGUAACCAAUCCUGAGCUGUGUCCAAAUAUUGUAACUAUUUUGCUACUGUGUUACUUGACCAUUGUUCUAAUAAGUGGAGUUUUUAAAAAUAUUGAUUUUUUUUUUUAGUUGUAGUUGGACACCAUACCUUUUUUAAAAAAUAUAUAUAUAUUUAUUUUUAUGUGGUGCUGAGGAUGGAAGCCAAGGCUGCUCAUGUGCUAGACUAGUGCUCUACCGCACGCCCUGGGAGCCACAACUCCAGCCCAAGUGGAGUUUUAAAAUCUCCAGCACUUGGAGAUCUUUUGUUCUAUUGAGGGUUUUGUGGGGCUGCUAUUCUUUGUAACAAGGUUUGGUUGAAAGAUAAGAACAUUGGAUGUACGCAGGUGCACAAGUGCUUUCCUUAGAGCCAGAAAGCUUGCAGUGAACCCUGCACCUGCAAAACAGGAUCCUUUCAAACAAAGGAGAGUGGGAAGUGACUAUCUCUCAGUCUCACCAAUUGGUUCAAACCAGCUCCAAGAAAACAGAUUCAAAUUAGGAACCCGAACCCCACCCAGAGCCAAUUCUUUUUGAACAAUAACUUUUAUCAAUGCCUCAGGAACAUUAGGAGCUCAGUUCUAUUUUAAGUAGCAAGGUUGGAGAUUAACGCUGUGGUCAAGUUUAAUAGUGUAAUUAAUUAAUUAAUUAAUUAUAUUCUACCUUAUUAUUUUAAAAGA